GUUCACUCAAUGCGAUUGCACAAUGCACAUUGUUGUGAAAUUAAAAGUCGUAAAGAACGGUAUUUUGUUUGGUUAUGGAAGAGAAUCCAAUGUGAAUAUUUUAAAUGCUGAUUCUGACUCUGACUAUUGUAAUUAUUUGGUUAAAAAUCAAAGCCAGUAGUGCACGCUGCUCAAAUUUUUCUCAUCAUUCUCUGUUUAUUUGAGCAUUAUAAACAUUUUCGAACUGUCCCUUUAUCCUCUAUUCUUUCCAAAGAGUUCGGCUACGGCUACGGCUAUUACCAAAUACAUCGCAUAUAAACCAUGCAUAAAACACACCGAUUCUCGUCUCAAUAUUUGCCUGUGUUAGUGCUCACAUAAUUUGGGUCUGUGUGCGAUUUGUUGGUGUCGGCCUCGAAUACAUUGUGCGGCUGUGGUGAUCUCCUGACAUAUCAAUUGGCAAUUGUGUGUGAUGUGUCAUUUGCACUGGUUGUAUUGCUGAAAAAAUCUCUGUUAUUCAGCGCAUCGUCGUGUUUUAACGAGAACGUAUUGCCGCCAAUCGAUUGUCACCUAAACACGAGUGGAAUUAGUACAGUUUCAGUUAGUGUAGAGAAAUGGUUCAACACAUGAUUCGUUUUGUGUUGUGAAACAUUGAUUAUAUUUUUGUGUUCGUUUUGUGUGUCCGUUUAGUUUCAAAAAAAAAUUAUAUACUGUUCUUUCAAAGUAAAGAACGUUUGUAUUUUCAAGUAAACGACAUGAGUUUGAUACUUCACCAAGAAAUGCGCAAAUGGCGCAAUAAAUUGACGGAUGUUUGUCGCCAAUUUUUGGAGUUAUCGCCUCCAGAGAGGCUGGAUAAUGGACAUUUCAAGGAAUAUUUCAUCAGAAUGACAUCGGAUCGCUUGAGGCGAACAACUGAACGAUAUGAUUCGGAAAAAUUCACGCGAAAAGAAAGAUGCCGGCCCAACAAACAUAGUGAUGGAGCCAGUCAAAUGAUCGCCCAUCUCGACCGAAUCGAGCAUGCGACACGAAUUUUUCUGAAUUCCGCCAACACCCAAUUGGACAACGAUUUCAUGAGAUAUUUCUGCCGACAAUCGGAAGAAAGCAUAAGCGAAGCCUACGACAUAUUUUCUUCAGCGCUGAAAUAUGGUGCUUAUGGGACAAAUGGAACGUCUAAAGAUGAACAACAUACUAACAAAUUGACGAAAAGAAUUGCAAAUAAACGCAAGGCCAGUACAAGUUCCGUUGAGGAGGAAAACAUGAAAGAGAAACGAAAAAAGACACACGCAUCAAGUCAAUCCUCUCGAGAAAGUCACAAUUCGAAAUUAUUUUCGAUAAUGAAGAAUUUCUUUGAAAUUUGGCAAAGUGGACUGAAGUCGAGUAUGCACUCAAAGGGAUCAACAAAGAAUGACAGAAAAAACAAAGAGAACGUAUCUAAGCGGAGUAUUGAGCAAAAACAUAACAAAAUAAACGAAACUGGAGCUGGAACUAGUAAACAAUCUCUGCACAGAACUUCGGGUAAUAAGCGGCCAAAAGGUUUAGGACAUGAUCAAAAGAAGACUUCACGAGACGUCAUCGACAAAGAACGGUCUAAAGAUGUCCGAUGUUCGACCGAAACAAGACAUACCAAGGCCAAUCGAACUGGCACUGGAAGUAGUGAAAAGUCACUCAACAGGGCGUCGGGUGAUGAGCGGCCAAAAGGUUCAGGGCGUGAAAAAUCCAAAGACUCACGCAAAGAUGCAAAAACUGGACCUCUUCAGCUAAAUAAUAAUCCAUCAAAUCCCAAGAGUUUACAAUAUGAUCAAAAGAAGACUUCACGAGACGCCAUUGUUAAAGAACGGUCGAAAGAUGUCAGAUGUACGAGCAACACAAGACACACCGAGGCCAAUCGAACUGAAAAAUCCAAGGAUUCACGAAAUGGCGCAAAUACUGAACAUUUUCACCGAAACAAAAGUCCGUCAAAACAAUCUGACCCAAAAAAGACUUCACAAAAUGGCAUUAAACAGAAGGCUGGUGAAAAACAGUUCCACUCAUUGAAACAUUCCGAACCGACAAAGUCAGAUAAGAUCCGUGCAAAACCAUCCGUUCAAAAGACAGUAUUGGCACAGACGAGAACAACAAAUUGUGCCGUGAAGCUUCAAGCCGGCAGUCUCGUCUACCAUUGUUUUUAUUGCAAAGAUGCAAACGAGCCCACAUUAUUUCACAGUGAGAAUGAUCUGUACAGUCAUUGGUUGUCCGCACACAACAGCUCAAGAACGCAGCCAUUCCAAUUUUAUGCUGUCGAAACAGUCAUUUGUUAUCGAUGUGGUGAGGUUGGAACGUUCGAAGAAUUGACCAACCAUUAUUCACAAAGGCAUCGGGAUGAAGUGUUUGUUAUUUUGAGAAAAGGAGCAGAAAAGUGUGCACUGUGUGAUUACGGUGGCAAAUGGAUGAAUAUCCAUUUUAAAGCGGAGCACCGUAUUCAAUCAAAACCCAAGCGUUUACAAUCUGAUCCGAAUAAGACGUCAAGAGAUGGUAACCGCCAGAAUGAAUCAAUUUUCAAUCCCGUGAAAAUGUCGAUGGACAGUCUGCAUCAGCUCGGCAUCACAAACAACACCAAUGAAAUUGAUCAUUUCUUUUGUUGCCAGCAACGUAUCGAGCUGAUUGAUCUACUGGACCACAUGCAACAUCAUGGCAAUGUGUGUUCCAUUUGCCACAGCUUCGAAGCAACGGACAUGAUCGAAAUUUUGAAGCAUAUUCGAGAAGCUCACGGAGAUAACGAGCCUGAUAUUCACUUGACGAACUUCGUAGAGUCACUCAGAAAAGAAUUUUACGAAACGCAAGUCGUUUUCGCAAACGGACUCGUGUUAUUUAACCGAAAUUUGGUUGGCAGCCAACAUGAUCUCAUUCACGAUUUCAUUGGAUGCGUCAAAGAGUGGAUCAAUGUGCUGAAAAUGGAAUUUCAACAGGAAAUUCAGAACAAAUAUAUUCUGAAAGUUGUCUUUCCGUGGACGAUUGGAGAAGACGUUAAAUUGAUAUUUGGCAACCUGUACCGGGCGUUAGGUGUCAAAAUCGACCAAACUCAUGUAAUGAGUGUUAAACGUACGGCAUCCAAGAGAGCAAUAGCAAUCGAAUGCAGAUGUGCAAAGGUCAAGGAGGAUAUAAUCAGACAAUCAUCUGUAAAGGGAAUUACAGUGUCCGAUCUUAUUGACACCAUAUCAACGUACACAUUUCCUCCAAACAUGAUCACUGCGGUUACAUUCGAAUAGAUAAAACGACAAAACCAAAAGAAUUAUGUUUUAUGCUUAGAAGCAUUGAAAUAACAAGAUUAAUUUUUUUCAAGAUUUCCAUAAGUAUUUUCAUACAUUUUUUUAUAUUUUUGCAUAAAUAUUUCCAAAGAAAAUACGACAUAAUCGUUCCUUCAAAUAUGAAAUUUGGAAUAAAUAAUAGUAGUGACAUAUGAAAAGACAAAAAAAAAUAGAUUAUCUCGGGCUAUUGCAUAUCACAAAGAAUUUCAUAGGGGAAUGUUGUAAUCAGUGGACCACCUAAGCCUAAUUUCGGCUAUAAUUUUUUUUCUAUGAGGACUUAUGUGGAGUUAUAUAUACGGUUGAAUAUAUUCAAUAACUAUAGUUAUUGACAUUGGCUAAAAGUUCUUUGCAACCGUACAAAGGGAUAUUGCAACUUUUUUGACCAGAAAAAACGCCAUCUUACGUCGUGCCCGUAAAUUAUUUUACUGUACAUUUCGAUGGUAGAGCUUGAACAAAAGUUCAACACUAUGCAUAAACUUGGAAAGAGCUUGAUAAACUUGAUGAAAUACAUAUAUUUUAUGGUAGUUGCAAUACCCCUAUGCAACCGUAUUUUGUUAUCUCCCCAAAAAAAAUGUUUUGGUCAUUUUUCUAAAGUGUUGAUUAUUGGCACCCUAAAAUUUUGUAGUAAUGAGACCACCUAAAAAAAUGUCAAAAAAUGAAAUAAAUGUCAUAGAAUACUUGUUUAGUAGA